AUGAUACCAACAGUAUUUUCUCCGUUGUCUUUAUGGAGGGCCGGUGCGACAUUGGGUUCUACUGGGAUUUUACUUGCAACUUAUGGAGCCCAUGCUUUAAAGAACACUGUUAGCGAUCCAGCAUGGAUAAAAAAUUGGCAAACAGCUACGAAUUACCAAUUACUUCACGCCCUUGCUAUUCUCUAUCUUUCUAACGCACAUCACCCGGCCACCAACCAAUCUCCAUUACUGGCUGGAACUUUAAUGACCAUCGGAACUACAAUGUUCUCAGGAGUCUUAUAUUUGAAGACGUUGUCGGUUAAAGCAAGAGUUUCUCGAAUUUUGGCCCCUACUGUGCCAAUAGGCGGGUUGUUAAUGUGUGCGGGAUGGGCUUUUUUGUGGUUUUGA